UAUAAAACCAGGUCUGAUAGGACUGGACGUGAUAAUACCUGCUGAGUUUAGGUGAACAUAAACAACUUGAGUCUGCACAGAGAGAGAGGAACAUGAGACUCGUGGCUCUGGUUGUGGUGUGCGGGCUGAUAGUUGGUCAGGAUGGAGGGAGCACGGCAGCAGCUCUGCCCGGAUCUGACUCUGCACAGAGGACACCUGCAACAGGAUCGGUCCUGUCUGCGCUCACGAGAAGAACCGCAGGAGAGUUUUUGGCGGAAGACUCCAACCCGUGUUUCUCCCUGAGAGAGAACGAAGACCAGCGGCAGCUUCUGUGCAACGACCGCAGGAGUAAGUUCAACUUCAACCCGUUCGGCCUGCGCUUCGGGAAACGCUACGACGGCUACGUUUACAGGAGAGCCGUUAAAAGAGCCAGGACAAACAAACUCUCACCCCUUUCUCUCUUCUCGCGAGAACUGGAGGUGCCUACUUGAAAACAAAAAAAAAAUGUGUGUGUCGUUCUCUGAGGACUUGUCUCCCAUCGAUCAAAGGUCAACAUGUGAAGUGUCUUUCCAUUUGUGUUUUAAAAAAAGAUAAAAUGUUUCUGUGAAUAA